UGUUUGUGUCUAGAGCAAAUCGAUUCUUUGUCAUUGACAUAACGCAACAGUGGGAAAGUGUCUGUACAAUAUUCCCCCACUAUACUGCUGUAUACAUUGUUUGUGCCCCUGCUGUUUUUUCCCUUUCAUUCAAUCAUCUUCUGUUUAACCUCACAAGGGUCGCGUGCUGGAGCCUAUCCCAGCUGUUUUGGGUGACAAGAGUGAUCCAAAAUGUUUGGAGAUUGUCUUGGGGUAUUUGAGAGAGAGAAAACACGUCUUAAGUGCUAAGACCCUAAAAUGGUCGCCAGCCAAUUGCGGGAUUCAAAUAGACGAACAAACAUUCAUACCUACAUUCACACCUACAGACAAGUUGGAGUGGUCAGUCUUCCUACCAUGCAUGUUUUUGGGGUGUAGGAAGAAACCAGAGUACCUGGAGAAAACCCAUGCAGGCACGCGGCAAACAUGCAAACUCCACACAGAGAGGCUGGAGCCGGAAUCGAACCCUGAAUUAUGAGGCAGACCUGGUAACCACUGCCUACUGUGCUGCCUCGGUUUUUUCUCGUUCAUUUAUUUUUUUAAAUUAUUUUAAUGCCAGCCAUUAAAAAAACAGAACAUAUCGAUUGAUCGCCAAUUCUUCAUUUAUUUUUUAAAAUUAUUUUAAUGCCAGCCAUUAAAAAAACAGAACCUAUCGAUUGACCGCCAAUUUAGAUCAUUAGGACUAGGGAUGCACCGAAAAUUCGGCCACUGAAAAUUUCCGGCCGAAAAUGACCCAAAAGUGCAUUUUCGGUUUUUGGCCGAAAGACCUAAAUCACCGAAACUACACGGCCGAAACUUGUGAUGACGUGAGCAAACAGCGCAGCCAGCACGCGGGAAAACGGGAUAAGAGCCAGCAUGUCUGCGGUGUGGACUGAUUUCACUAUCUCAGACAAAGACCCACGGAUAGCGAUUUGCAAAACAUGCAAUGCUGAAAUUUCAAGAGGGGGUGCAUCUGCAAAAUGUUUCUCCACGUCGGGUUUAAUUCAUCACCUGAAAUCCAAACAUCCCGAUUGCCAUUCUGAAUAUGAGAAGAAGGCGACACAGAAAAGGAAACUGACACGAGCACUCCCACUCCAUCUGUGGCGGACGUUUUUGAAAAGGCAAGAAAGUUCUCCAGUAAUUCUGCCAAGGCAAAGGGCAUAACACACAAAAUUAUGGAAUUCAUUGCCUUGGAUGAUCAGCCGUUCUCUAUCGUAGAAGAUGUGGGAUUUCGUAGGCUGAUAGAACACAUUGAGCCCCGUUAUGCUAUGCCAAGCAGACGACAUUUCUCAGGUGUGUGUUUACCUGAGCUGUUUAAUAUCGUUGCAACUCAUGUCCAUGAGCUUCUAGCAUCAGAUAUUACAGCGAUCAGUUUCACGACCGACAUAUGGAGCUCCGAUGUCAGCCUCACCAGUAUGCUCAGCCUAACCGCGCAGUGGAUGGACGAAGAUUUCAAGCUGCAAAAGAUUCUGCUCCAUUCACAAGAGUUUAGAGGCUCACACACAGCAGCAGCAAUUUCUGAUGCAUUUACCAAUAUGUGCGACACCUGGCAUAUCGACCGAUCUAAAGUGCAUGCCAUAGUGAGUGACAAUGCAAGAAAUAUGACAAAAGCGAUAGAAGACAGCCAGCUGAAAGGAAUACGGUGCAUGGCCCACACACUACAUCUGGCUGUGAACGAGGGAAUGUUGUCUCAGCGCAGCGUAAAAGACAUAUUGACUAUAGGCAGAAGAAUAGUUGGCCACUUUAAACAUUCUCAGCUGGCCUAUUCCCGCUUACAGUCUAUGCAAGAUCAGCUUGGAACACAAAUAAAACAGUUCCAACAAGACGUGCGUACACGCUGGAAUAGCACUUUUUACAUGCUGGAAAGCCUCUUUGCACAAAAGCGAGUCUUGGCUGCUUACAGCGCAGAUCAUGAGCUCCCUGCGACAUUCACUUCACACCAGUGGGUCUUAAUAGAGAACAUUCUCUCUGUCCUUGCCCCCUAUGAGCAGCUAACGAAAGAGAUCAGCUCCUCUGAUGCAUCUGUUGCAGACGUAAUACCGUUAAUUGCGGCACUAAAGCGUCUUCUAAGUAAAGAAGUUGAGACGGACCACGGGGUGAAAACAAUCAAAAGUACACUCUUAGAGUCUGUCAAGAGACGUUUCACUGAGAGCAAUGAUGAUCUUCUGCACUUCAUCGCGACUGUACUUGAUCCGCGUUAUAAGGAUCAUUACUUGGAUGUGGGAAUAAAACAGCGCGCACGAGAAAUGAUCCAGGCCGCGAUGGAUGCGGACAACCCGCUUGGAGACAGGCCAGCGCACAGCGCAGGAGGAGAGCAGAGCGCCGAAAAAAGGACCCGUCACUCUGCACCAGAUGAGGGGCAUGCGCCUUUGUUGUCUGAUAUGUUCAAUGAGAUCCUGCAAGAGAGUGCCCCAAACAAUAGGCAGCCAACAAGCUCAACCGCUCAACAAUUAGAUGGUUAUCUGUCUGAAGUCCCCAUCUCCAGAAGUGAUGACCCUCUUACGUACUGGAGAAAUAACCAUGACCGCUUUCCUGACCUGGCAAAGAUGGCACGCAAGUACUUGUCUGCGCCGUGCACAAGCACUGACAGUGAGAGACUGUUCAGUGCUGCAGCUCAUGUUCUUGAUGAGAAGAGGAACAGACUUCACUGUGACAAAGCAGAAAAGCUACUCCUCAUCAAGAAAAACCUGCCACUUUACCUCAAGAAGUAGAAUGGGCGUGUGUCUAGUGUUAAAAUAUUUGUUUUCCAGUUUGUGCAUCCACAAUUCUUGGUGGAUUUGUUGUUGAUAAAGGCUAUGGUAACCAUUGUUUUGAUACACUUUAAUGUUGUACACACAGAACAAAAUUUAAAAGGCACUUGACUUAUGCACUUUGUGUUUUUAUAAGAGAACAUAUUUAAUUUUACAGUCUUUCAGCAGGCCAGUCAGUUAUAAGCCUGUAAAUUAUUAUCUAAUGUACACAUGAGUGGGGUCAAGUUAAACAUUUUUAUUUUAUUUUUGAAUUUUUAUUUAUAUUGUGCAUUGUUGUAAUGUCAGUGCUAAAUAAAUAUUUUCAUACUUUUGUAA